AUGGAAAUAGAUUCAUUUGAGUCCCUAAGACAGUGUACCUGGAUUUGUAUUAAAGGUACCAAGUAUCAGUCCAAAAUGGUUCUUACACUUGACAUUGAUGAAAAUAAUUUACCCAAGUUUGGUAUUAUAGAUGAGAUUUAUCUUUGUAACAAUAAAGUUAUAAUUUUUCAAUGUUUGUCAGUAAAAACUAUAAUUUUUUAUGAACAUUAUUUUUCUUCUGAAAUUAAACAUGAGAAUAGUUUAGUAUUUUUUUAUCAUCAUAUGUUGUAUUCACAUAUUCCCAAAAAUAUUGGUGUUAUGCCCAAUGGAUGUACAUAUGUGACUCUAAGAAGUAGUAUCUAG